CAUUUUUGCCUCGAACCUUUCUGAAAAAAUUGUACACCUGUAGGCCCAUAACAUUGUCGUUGGCUCUCGGACUUAAAAUAUCUCUGCUUUUCUGGAUUGUUCUCUAUCCUGACCUGGGACCAUUUUCUCUGAGGAGACUGGAGAGUGAAUGUCUUCACUAUGGAUUCCAGUCUUCCACUAAACAGAUCAACUCUGAUUCAUCAUGGUCCUCCAAAACGAUAUCGUCUACAUACAGAGAGAAAAGUUCUUGAUGAUCAUGGAAAAGUCAGAAAAUGGACUUAUGGGAUAAAAGACACCAGUAAACGAAAGAAAAUUGUGCUGUUGGUGGGAGAGACCGGCGCUGGCAAGACGACUCUCAUCAACACCAUGGUCAACUACUUACUGGGAGUGAAGUUUGAAGAUGAACUAUGGUAUGAAAUCACAGAAGAAGCAGCCAGAGACCAAUCAGAAUCACAAACAUCUGAAAUCACCAUGUAUGAGGUCUGUCCUGUAGAGAAUCCUGUAUCUCUCACCAUCAUCGAUACUCCAGGAUACGGAGACACUAGAGGAUUGGAAAAAGAUCUGGAAGUUGCUUCAAACUUAUCCACUCUGUUUCAGAACAAUGAUGGAGUUCGUGAGAUUGAUGCUGUGUGUUUUGUGAUUCAAGCGUCUAAGAAUCGUCUCUCAGACAGACAGCAUUACAUUAUCAGUUCAGUUCUGUCUUUGUUUGGAAAAGACAUUGUGAGCAACAUUGUGUUUUUAAUCACACACUCUGAUGGUCUGCCACCCAAAAACGUCCUCGGCGCCAUUAAUAAAGCCAGAAUCCCCUGCAGACGAGACAACAGCGGCCAACCUGUUUAUUUCUUAUUCAACAACCGGCAGGAUGAAGCCCACCACAGUGAGACACGUUACGUUCGUGCACAAAGAGCUGCUUGGGAAGACAGCAUGGAAGAGACCAAGCAUUUCCUUCAGCAUCUGGAUGAAAAGAACAGAAAAAGUUUAGAGUUGACUUCAGAUGUCCUGAUCGAGCGCAUUAUAUUAGAAGCGUCCAUGUGCAACUUACAGCUGCGAACUGAAGAGAAAGAGCUGAAAAAGGCUGAAAAACUUCAGAUUCAGAAGGCAAUAAUGGAAAACAAGGAAAAGAUUGAGGAACGUAAAAACUUCACCAUUAAAUUCAGAAAGACUAUCAAAGAGAAGGUGCCAAUUGAAAGCACAUCAUGGAAGAGCAGGAAGGCGACGAUCUGCACCGUCUGUGAGGAAAACUGCCAUGAGAUUGACUGCUGGUGGGUUUCUGAUCCCAGCAAAUGUGAAGUCAUGAAAAACGGAUACUGCACCGUGUGUACAGGGAAGUGUCACCACAGCAAACACGUUAAAGAUGGCACAAAAUAUGUCAUCAAAAAGUCAAGCAUGAUGAUAGAAUUUGAUGAUUUUAGAAAGGAAUAUGAAAAAGCUCAAGAACAGUUAAAGAGGUUUUUGUCUAUAAUGGAUCAUCUUGACAAAGAUCUGAAGGAGCUUGAGGACCAAAAAUUCAUUCUUCUGUUCAAUGCCUACAAGACCAUCAAGCAUCUGUCUCAGAUCGCAUUAAAGCCAGACUCAGCCUUCACUCUUCAGCAUCUGGACUUCUUCAUCCCCAAAUUGAGGGAGGCUGGGAAGAAAGACUGGGUCCAGGAGCUGGAGGAAUUAAGGAGAAACGCAGAAGCUGAAGAAGCAAAUAAAGACGCUCUGAGUUACCUUCAAGCAGGUCUGUCAAACUGGAACAUUUCUUUGGUGGGCAAGUGAAGACAAGAGAUGAAAUGAUGGAAAUAAAGAAGACUGCUUACAAUGAGAAAUCAAUGCAGUCGACUUUCGGUAGAUCUGAAAGUAGUAAAAAAAAAAUGUUUAAUUAGAGCAGAUAUUUUCAUCUGUUUUUAGUGUUAAAAGGCAACGCAUUCCAAUCCAAUCAGUUUAUUCAUGAACUGUAAAAAUAAAUGAAUAUCUUUCAUUUUGGAGUAACGGAUGGAAGUU